AGCACAUAAAGUGAAGCAUAUGCGCAAGUUUCAAGUCAAUCGGAGAUCAUUUGGCAAUUCGGGAGAAGAAACACGAGCAUGACCUGAGGAAUAAUGGAUUUCUACCUCAUAUUAUGGAAAAAUUAUCAUGGAAGUUUGUUAUGAAAAGAAAGAGGACGAGACUACGAGCGUCUGGGUUCAAACGACGACUGAUUCGGAUCCGGACGAGGGAGAAACGAAGCAUUAAACAGGAGCGG